AUGCAGGACCAUACUUCCGUCUCCUUCAUCUCUCCAACAAAGCUCCAAACCAUCAACUGGCCAAAGCCUUCUGACUCCUCCGCCGAUGACACUCUCGUCAAAAGUGGGAACAGGACUGCUGAUGGGGAUGGGGAUGGUUUAGCAAAGAUCCACUUUGAGAGCCGCCCACCCAUUCGAGCAAGGCUUGUGAUCGGAGCUGACGGUUCUCGGUCUCGCGUCCGUUCCCUUGCACAUCUCCGCACCGUCGGAUGGCCGUACCACCAGCGAGGAGUGAUCGCGACUGUCGAUCUCGCCUCCCCCAGCAUCACAGCCUGGCAGCGGUUCCUCCCCUCGGGCCCUCUCGCCCUCCUCCCCCUGGGUGAUCGUUUCAGUAAUGUCGUGUGGUCGACCACCGAAGAACACGCCCUUAAGCUACAGUCCAUGACCCCAGAAGAAUUUGCACAUGCUGUUAACGAGGCGUUCAGUAAAGAGUUUCCAGCGCCUGGGUUCUCUCAAGAGGGGUUGAAGCUGCCUUCUGUUCUUCGAUCUGCUGCUUCUGUAGCUGGUGCUGGUGCUGGUGCUGCAGCUGCCGCUGCUGCUGCAGCUUCGGGUGCUGUUUCUUCUGCUGCUGCAGCAGCAGGGAAAUCACUCAUAUCCGCUAUUGCAUCUGCAGCCUCCCUAGAAUCCCUUGUGACACAAUCUCCCAUUAAUCCCUUUUACAGGUCAAGCGCUUCGGACAAGUUUCAUAUGCCCCCGGCAGUUUUGUCUGCCCAAAGCAAGGUUCUUUCGUUCCCGUUGUCGCUACAGCAUGCAGGCUCUUAUGUUGCACCGAGAUGUGUUCUUGUGGGGGAUGCAGCACACACGGUGCAUCCACUGGCAGGUCAAGGAGCCAAUCUGGGCUUUGGAGAUGUUACAGCACUUGUAACGGUGCUAGAAAAGCUGGUGGAAGUCGGAGAGGACAUUGGAGAGGUGCAGCUCUUGAGGUCAUAUGAACGGGAACGUUUGGGAGCCAAUAUUGCCAUGAUGGGAGCCAUGGACUCAUUGAAGCGAGUGUUUGCUACCAACACAUUCCCUUUGGCGAAUGCACGUAGUUUAGGGCUAUCCAUCCUCAAUGCGUCGCCAUUGGCCAAGGAGAAGUUUGCUGCAUUUGCAUCAGGCACCAUCCUUUAG